AUGGAAUACAAAAAAAUUCCUGUCAAAAAACUGAAAAUCGGUGACUUACUGGAGUCUUACUUACCCACAUUACCGGGAUCAUUCUUCAAACUGAACGACGAGGAUGCUUUGCAAAGCUUUCGCGAGGAGUGUUUGUCAACUAUUUCUGCCGCCAUGACUAACCAGUUGGAAAAAGAUUGCAGGUUCGAUUUUAGUACUUUCAACUUGAAAUCUCAGUUUAGACAACCUUUCGUCUGGCUCGGUGAUUGCAGCGACGCACUAGACGACCCAACGCUGCACAUCGCCGCAGAAAAAUUAUAUACCUCUUCUUAUUUCUUCAUUGAGGGUACUUUCUAUGAUGAUUUGCGUUACUCGCAAAAUAAAUCACUAAGACCUUUUUCACAGAAGACCAUGGAGACAACACAUUUGCGCGACUUGCGUAUAUACAUUGGCAAACCAUAUUUCUACGUUCACCAGGGGAACUGUGAACAUCCGUUCGUCUUUUUGGACCCGGUCUUAAUUUGUCAUUUUUGUACUACUUGUCAUGGGGUUGCACCUUCAAGCUACAUUGAACAACGAGGUACUCGUUGA